AUGGCGACCCCGGAGCAACCGACCGUCGCCCCGCCCGCCGGCAUUGGCGCCGUGAACGUGGUCGAGACGCCGACGUCGCCCUCGUCGGCCUUCACGCUGUCCAGGUUCGAGUUCGAGACGGGCACCAAGGGCAAUGAGGGGACAAAGAUCCUCAUGGUGGAGUGGGACGCGCGCGCCGCCACGGAGGCGGCCGCGGCAAGCUCCGGCGACGCGGACCGGGAGCGCGAGCAGGCGCAGAACGGGAGCGACGACUGGGAGGUGACGUGGGAGGGCAAGAAGAAGGGCCCGGGCUCGGCGGAGCGGGGAAGGGAGGAGGAGGAGGGGGACAAGAAGGGCGGCCGCCGGGACCGGGGGGACAACAUCGUGCUGCCCAUCCGCGACACGGACGCCCCCGAGGGCACGCGCCGCGUCUACUUCCUGCUGCCGCCGGGCGCGCCGAUCCCGACGCUCGUCACCAUCUCCAAGCGCUCCGGGCUGACCGAGCUGCGCACCAAGCCGCUGCCCGCCAUCUUCCCCGAGGGCCUGGUCAGCGAGGACAAGGGCACGAGGGGCGUGCUGCACACGAUAUGGGCCAAGAGGAGGCUGCGCGAGCUCGAGGCCGAGAUCGAGGCCGAGAUGAGGGACAACGGCGAGAGCGUGGGGCUCGAGAUGGCCCUGCAGGAGCGCCAGUGGAUUGUCGACCACUUCGGCCUCCAGAUCGACACCUCCAGCGCCGAGGCCAUCCCCCUGGCGCCGCACAACCCGGACAGCUCUAGCCCCGUAAGCCCCAGGAGUCCGAUCGGUGGGAGGCUAGGGGAGAGGCUCAAGGGCCUGAAGCUGGCGACAUCGCCCGCGGAACUUGCCGCUGCGAAGGAGGCGAGCCACAACGAGUCGAAGAACCAAGCAGCUGAACGUAAAAUAACGGCCUUCACCCCAGCAUCUGGGGGCGCAGGCCUAGGGCGCCCGGCUGGCCCUGGCGGCAUGGCCUCUUUGAGCGCCGUCAUCGAGGGCGGCAGCGGAGCGGGCGCGCCCGCCCCAGAGAGGAAUGUCGACACAGAGGAGGACCUGUUUGCACUGCCGAUGAGCCCCCGGAGUCCAGAGGAGGCGAAAAGCCCAUUUAGCAUGUUGAAGUGUUAG